CAUAGCGUGUUCCCUAGUCCCAUAAAUGUUCCAUCAUACUAGCUAAAGGCUCCACCCUCCUGUCAAACCAAAGGAUGCAGGAUGGGGCAGGAGCAGGCAUUCUUCUGUCUAUUUGACUCCCUCGAUGAGUCAGCCCUGCUCAGUCUGGCAUCCCUGAAAUAAACCAAGGAAUAACGUGAAGCAGGUGUUCCCCGCAGCUAGGCAGUUGGUGAGGGAACAGCACCACCUCACUAAACGGUUGCAUCCACUCACUGCUGGCUACAUUUUGUUAGCUAGUAUCAUUUAAAAAUGUGCGAACCAGGGAUGAGCUUGCUGCCAUCCCCUACCUCCUCAGGGACACAAGUUCAGGUGCCGGGGACCCACAAAGGAUGGCUCUUCAAGUGGACCAAUUAUCUGAAGGGUUAUCAGCGGCGGUGGUUCGUCCUUAGCAACGGCCUGCUGUCAUACUACAGGACUCAGGCGGACAUGGCACACACCUGUCGUGGCACCCUUAGCCUGGCCACAACGCACAUCGAGGUGGGCGACCACUGCCAUCUGGUGCUUAGCAGUGGUGGUCGGAGCUACUACCUGAAGGCCAGCUCUGAAGGGGAGUGUCAGCGUUGGAUCUCUGCCCUCCAGCAGGCCAAAGCCAACACCACUCACAUGAUGCACCACUCAGACGACUCUGGCGAUGAGGGUCCCGUCUCGCAGGCCGAGCGCACCCUGACGCAAGGCGCUCUCAAGACGCUCGCCAGCAAGCUCGAGGACCUGAGCACGUGCAACGAGCUCAUCGGCAAGCACGGCACCGCCCUCCAGCGCUCGCUGGGAGAGUACGAGGAGUUCCACACUGCCACCGAAGGCUCUAGUGACAAGCUCAAGGCCGUCAACGAGCGCGCCGCCCUCUUCCGCAUCACCUGCAAUGCUAUGGUCAAUGCAUGCCGGGACUUCCUGGACCUAGCGGAGUUGCAGAGCCGGCGGUGGCAGAGAAUUCUGCAGCACGAGAGGGAACAGCGCCACCACCUGGAGGAAACCAUUGAGCAGCUGGCAAAGCAACACAACUGCCUGGAGCGGGCGUGGAGGGAGGCGCCCAACCCACACGCAGAGGGGGCUGAGGGGGAUGAGAGUGACGAGGAUGAGAACACAGAGUUCUUUGAUGCCAUGGAGGACUCUCCCGCCUUCAUCACAGUGACCUCGCCAGAGCACAACAAGCACAGACUUUCAAGUAGCGGCCAGAGCAUGAGUGGUGGGUUGGUUACCGACUGGAGUCAAGAGCAUAACUCCUCUGACUCAGGCCAGCUGCGCAGAGCCCGACGGACCCGCAUCCCUGACAAGCCCAACUACUCCCUCAACCUAUGGAGCAUCAUGAAGAACUGCAUCGGCAAGGAGCUGUCCAAAAUCCCCAUGCCCGUGAACUUCAACGAGCCCCUGUCCAUGCUCCAGCGUCUGACGGAGGACCUGGAGUACUCGGAGCUGCUGGACCGGGCUGCCCACUGCUCCACGUCUCUGGAGCAGAUGUGCCUGGUGGCGGCCUUCUCUGUCUCCUCCUACUCCACCACAGUGCACCGCACCGGCAAGCCCUUCAACCCGCUGCUGGGGGAGACCUAUGAGCUGGACCGCCUGGAGGACUACGGCUACCGCUCCCUCUGCGAGCAGGUGAGCCACCACCCCCCGGCGGCGGCCCAUCAUGUGAUGUCCCAGCGGGGCUGGACCCUGUGGCAGGAUAUCACCAUCGACAGCAAGUUCCGUGGGAAAUACAUCUCUGUCAUGCCACGAGGCUACAUCCAUCUGCAGUUCCACUCCAGUGGUAACCACUAUGUCUGGGGCAAGGUCACCUCCACAGUGCAUAACAUCAUCGUGGGGAAGCUUUGGAUCGACCAAUCUGGGGACAUUGAAAUAGUCAAUCGUCGGACGAAGGACACUUGCCAUCUGAAGUUCUCCCCCUACAGUUAUUUCUCCCGGGAUUCCCCUCGCAAGGUGACGGGGGUCGUGAUGGACAGUGAGGACGCAGCCCACUACAUACUGUCCGGCACGUGGGACGAUAAGAUGGAGUGUGCCAAGAUAGUUGACAGCAGUGGCGGCGGCUGUGGGGGCCCUGACGUUCGGCAGAAGACCGUCUACCAGACCCUUCCUGCUAAACUACUGUGGAAGAAAUACCCACUGCCAGAUAACGCGGAGAACAUGCACUACUUCUCGUCGCUGGCACUGACUCUGAACGAGCCCGAGGAUGCCGUGGCCCCGACGGACAGCCGGCUCCGCCCCGACCAGCGCCUGAUGGAGGAGGGGCUCUGGGACGAGGCCAACGCCCACAAGCAGCGUCUGGAGGAGUCUCAGAGGCUGGAUCGACGCAAGAGGGAAGCGCAGACUGCCAUCGCGCUGGAGGAAGGCCGAGACAUCGACAGUUACCAGCCCCUGUGGUUUGAGAAGAGGUCAGACCCUGACAACGGGAACAGCAGCUAUGUGUACCGUGGAGGCUACUGGGAGGCCAAAGAGAGCCAGGACUGGAGCCAGUGCCCCAAGAUCUUUUAGGGGGAGCCAGUACGUGCAGCGAGCGGUCAUGGAGUUACUCGGACAGCAAGGCCACAGAGAGCUGAUGCUGGGCCUGCGUGGGUGUGUUCGACAUGACACAUAAGUGCGCGUAACAAAACAAAACAAAACACAUUUAAAAACAUCUGAGAACAGA